AUGCCAGCCAGACACCUCAAAUCGCCUGGUCUGCAGGCCAACAAGACCAUCAACCAGACGGUGGCCGACAUAGUCAAGGGCGUCAUCGACGAUGUCCAGGCCAACGGCGACAAGGCCGUGAGGCAGUACUCGGAAAAGUUCGACAAGUGGUCGCCCGAGUCCUUCAAGCUCUCUCAAGCUCAGAUUGACGAGUGUAUAUCUAAAGUGCCCGAGCAGACGGUCAAGGAUAUCAAGGAAGCCCAGAGCAACGUCCGGAGGUUCGCCGAGGCGCAACGCAAGACGGUCACCGAUUUCGAAAUCGAGCUGCAUCCAGGAGUCUUUAUGGGACACACGACACGGCCAAUCGGCGCCGUUGGGUGUUACAUUCCGGGGGGGCGCUAUCCGCUGCUCGCCAGCGCCCACAUGACAAUCUUGACUGCAAAGGUCGCCGGGGUGAAGCACGUCAUUGCCUGCACACCGCCCAUCGCGGGUCAGGUCCCCAAUGCCACGGUCGCAGCUGCGCACUUUGCCGGAGCCGACGAGAUCUUCCUGCUGGGCGGCACGCAGGCGAUCGCCGCCAUGGCGCUGGGUACGGAGACGAUCCGGAAUGUGGACUUCAUUGCUGGGCCCGGCAACGCCUUCGUAGCCGACGCCAAACGCCAGCUGUUCGGCGAGAUCGGGAUCGACCUGCUCGCGGGUCCGACAGAGGUCCUCAUCGUCGCCGACGACGCGGCCAGCCCGUUCACCGUGGCGACGGAUCUGCUCUCCCAGGCCGAGCACGGCCCCGACACGCCCGCCGUGCUGAUCACCACGUCGGAGCACGUCGCAAAGGAGACGAUACGGCUCUGCGACGAGAUACUAAAAGAGAUGCCGACCGCGGAGCUCGCGGGGGCAUCGUGGCGCGACUACGGCGAGGUCAUUGUCGUGGACGGCCUCGACGAGGCGUAUGCGCUCGCGGACGUGUACGCCAGCGAGCAUGUGCAGAUCCUGACGCGCGAGCCGAGAGAGGCGCUUGAGAAGAUGAGUAACUACGGCGCGUUGUUCUUGGGCGAGAAGACGUGUGUAUCAUACGGUGACAAGUGUAUCGGCACCAACCACGUUCUGCCGACCCGCGGCGCGGGCCGCUACACAGGCGGCCUCUGGGUCGGCAAGUUCCUCAAGACGCAGACGUACCAGGAAAUCCGGGAUCCCAAGGCCAGCGGUGAGAUGGGCUUGUUGUGCGGCCGUUGCUCGCGCGCCGAGAACUUUGAGGGCCACGCGCGGUCGGGCGACCUAAGAGCACAGCUGUACUUGGGCGAGAAGUAUGAAUGGAUUGAGAAGGCGCAGGCUUAG